UUGAACAGAAAAAAGAAAACAAAAAUCCAUCGAAUCCAAAUAUGUUCCGAUAUACAGUUUAACCCGAUCUGACCGCCGGUUCCGUGGACCGUCGGAUUUAAAAACCCUUCUGGUCGUGAGUCAUUAAAAGGGUAAGAAAUAAAACUAGCCUUGAACCCUAAACUGAUGGUUGUCUACCUCUCAGUAUGAGGUGCGCUCUUUGAUGAUAACUCGAGUAUACGUCAGAGAAGAUCGUAGGUGAAUCCAAGGUGUUUGAUAAUGGAAGGAGAAGAGAGUGUGUUGGAUGCUAUAUAUGAAGAUGAAGACGGGUUUGAAACCAUGGAAGAUGUUGACAUGGUUGAUGUGGAAGAAGGGGAGAUUGUUGUGGUGCAUGGUGGCAUGGAUGGAGACAAGGAUAAAGAUGGGAUCUUGGGUAAGGAGGAUGGGCAGAAUCAGCCAAACAAGAACAAGAGGAAGAAGAAUAAGAAGAAGAAGAGAAGAAACGGUCCUGUGAUGGGGAAGCCCAUGGAUUUAGACAGGUUUGUGAGGGAUACUUGUAGACGCCUCAAGGAGAAGAAGUCUUACAUGGUAUACACUGCUGUUGGCUGUCUUGGAAUUCCUGCCUUGAGUGAUCUUGUCAAUGAGGUGGAAGCAAUCGAGACAUGUGGGGGUCAGGUGACUGCUGAUGGCAGUAGGAAACGAUCAGGAGGUGGUGUGCUGUGGAACAUCAUCAAAGCGAGACAACCCGCAUCUUACAGAGAGAUUAUGAAAAAGACCAGGGAGUUUGAGAAGCAAUUUAGGUACCCAAACACAAGACCGAAGUUAGGGCCAAAAAGAGAUGAGGGUAGCUCCUCUGAAGGACUUGCCUCAGCAAAUGCAUCUUCUGAUGAAGCUCUGGUCAGUGAGCAGACUGAAACCGAACAGCAAAAGGAAAGGAAAUCUGUUCAUGAGAGAAUCAGAGUACCUGUUUCAUAUGAUGACCUUUUCGGAGAAGUACCUGUGGAUGCUUCAGAAGCACAAGGAGAAGACUCUUCUGUUUAAGCUCCAUUUAUAACAUGUUUGCCUUGGAUUUUUUUUUUUUUUUUGACUUGGUAAACAGUUAUAAGUUUAUAUAACUAAGAAGCUGGGUUACUUGCGGAAAGCAAAGGUUUUGUUGAGAA